GGUCGCUGAGUUGCAGAGGUGGGACUAUUUCAGCGCGCGCGCGCGCGUGUGUGUGUGUGUGCACGCAUGAAUGUGUGUGAGAAAGAGCACGCUCUGACUCUGAACUCCGCUUUUUUGCGGGACUCUAAUUCGCAGCAGAUGAUCACUUGGGGGGAUGGCGGCUUUAGCGGGGAGGCGCGCGUUUCCUCACACAGCAUCGGAGCACGCUGCACAAAUUAAUAUGCUCUAUAGGCAAGAUGAUGCUCAGUAAUGAAGCUUGGGUUUGACCCGUACGGCGCUUUUUCCCCACUUUUCAGAUCCACCAGUGGAUUAUGGAAGAGUCGGUCUCUAUCGUAGCAGAGGACAGAGGUGUUUGCACCUGAACAACACUCAGCGACCGCAGCCUCAGUUUCUGGCUGCGCCAGACGCCGUGGGAAUGGAAAGUGGCAAUUCCCUGACGAGGAUAUGCUUUUUCCUGUGGCUGCUGAAUGGGUUCGGCGCUUCUUCACCGGCGCCGAGCUCUUGUCCCGACCGCUGUGACUGUCAGCACCCGCAGCACCUCGCGUGCGCCAACCGCGGGCUGCGCAUCGUGCCAAAACCCGCCGCGCGGGUGCCCGAGGACGUGCAGGUCUUCAGCCUUGGGGGCAACUUCAUCAGCAACAUCUCCGCCUUCGAUUUCACGCGGUACAGUGAUCUUGUAAGAUUAAAUCUACAGUACAACCAAAUACGAACAAUUCACCCCAAGGCGUUUGAAAAACUGUUAAAGCUAGAAGAGUUGUACUUGGGACACAAUCAUUUAUCAAAUAUACCUGUUGGGACUUUACAACCCCUGAAGAAAUUAACUAUUCUUUAUGGAAACAAUAAUGAUAUUAAGAAAAUUACACCCGAGCUCUUUGCCAACUUGGAUAAUUUAGUUAAAUUGCGUCUGGACGGCAACUCAAUAGACGUUCUGCAGGAGUCGGUGUUUAAAAGCUUGACCCGUUUACACUAUCUGCACCUGGAAUCCAACAAACUGCAGCACAUUCACAGAAACGCCUUUUCUGAACUCACCAACCUACGCUUUUUAAACCUGGCCCACAACAGGCAGUCGGCGCUGCGCAGCGUCCUCACGUUUUCCCAGCUCAAAGCCCUGACGACGCUGCUGCUGUCUGACAACCAGAUUCAUCACAUUGGGAAGCACGUAUUCCAGAACCUCAGCAGGCUUUCCGAGCUGUCCCUGAGCAACAACAGGCUCUCUCAGCUGGACGGCGGCGCUCUGAGGGGGCUGUCCGGCCUCAGGGAGCUCCUGAUUGACGGCAACGAGCUGCGGGAAAUCCCGGCCGGCCUCCUCGACCCGCUCGAGCGCGUCGAGGAGCUGGACUUCAGCAACAACCGCAUUUCCAGCGUGGACGCGUUGGCCUUUUCCCAACUGAAACGCCUGAAGGUGCUGAAGCUGAAGAACAACCUCCUCACUAGCCUGUCCGGUGACAUGUUCGCCCUCAACAAAGCGCUUUACGACCUGGAUCUCCAUGGCAACAACUGGACGUGUGACUGUCGCCUGGAGGAGCUGAAGAGGUGGAUGACUGUUGCACAUUCUCAGGGUAAAUUAUUGACUGUUUUUGUGCGAUGUCACCAUCCCCUGACUCUGAGGGGGAAAUAUCUGGACUAUGUGAACAGCUCCCAUCUGCAGCCUUUUGGCAACUGGACCCACUUGUGUAGGAGGCAAACUGGGCCCGAGGAGAGCCGGGGAGGGGGUGUACUGGUAAAGAUGGAGGGUAGAGAGAUAGAUGAGACAAGCACAGAGGGCCAGGUGGUCAACAGAAAGAGAGAAGGCGUAGAUUCAAGGCAGAGACACAGGGAUGGGGCGAUACUGGGGAAAGAUGGAGUAAAUAGGAAAAGAGACAGACAGGAAGGAGUGGGAGUCCAAGGAGACCAGGGGGGUCCAGAAACAGAAUCCUCUUCCUUGUUGGACCAAAAGAAAGCAAGGAAGGUGUCUCUGAAUCCAAAGUCACGACCUGCUGCAGAGACGACUGGGAAACGCACCAAGGGGAGACGAAUGUCCAAUGUCACUCCCAAAACCGAGCCACCGAUUUCCACCUCAAGUCACAGAAACACUUCGCACACGGGGCUCAGCACAACCCCCCCGGCGCAGGCAGGAGGGAUGUUCGAUCUGCUCUGGGCGGAUCCGAAGGGUCCACUCCCUGUAAUCACAGAUCCCUGUGCCUUCAAUCGCCAUUUCAUCACCAACGUGUCAGUGGAUCAGGUGACCUCCAGCACAGUCACCGUCUCCUGGACCACACGGGAUCAUCACCGCUACACACCAGGACCCGGGCCCGGUCCGGACGAAGUCCACUACCGCCUUCUGUUCGACCGGUUCGGCACCGCGGACCGCUUCCCCCGCUACGUGUACGCCCGCGGCGCGUCUCGCUCCGUGACCCUCCGGGAGCUCAGCCCGGACGUGACCUACAUGGUGUGCGUGGAAGGCGUGGUGGGGGGGUCCGUGUGCCAAGUGGCCCCGCGCGACCACUGCGCCGGACUGGUCACGCUGCCCGAAGGCCCCGCGCUGACCCUCGACCUCCAGCUGGCGACCGUGGCGACGCUGGCCGCCAACGCCGCGCUGCUGCUGGCGCUCGGCGCCGCGUGGCUGGGGCGGAGCCUGCGGAGGAGGCUGCGGAGGAGGAGGUCGGCCGUGCACGUGCGCCACAUGUACUCCACCAGGCGGCCGUUCCGGCACGCCGGCGCCAGCGCCGCCGUGGCCGCCGACUUCACCAGCUACCAGAGCAGCCGGCCGGCGCGGCUGGCGCCGCUGGAGGCGGGGGACCUCAUCGAGUUCCCCUGCGACCGCUUCCUCGACACCGGCAGCACCCGCAGAGACAGCGACAUGCAGAGAUUCACAGACUAGAACCGCGACAAAGACCCUGUAAAGACACCAGAAAGUCCCUUUUGUGCGUUUGUGGCGCUUGUAGAUUUCUGCUUUCAUUUCCUCACAACAAAAUGGCUGAGGUGACAAUAGAACAGCUGAGCUCAACAGGACUCUCAGACACCAGAGGAAGCGCAAUCCCUUUGACUUCCUCUUCCUGCUUUGUGCCUUUUCCUUUUGUAUUUCCUUGCACCUGCGAGUGCUUCUAAGCCCAUGAUCCAUUGUGCAGAUGUAUACACAUGACGUAUGGACCACUGAUUUCAAUGAUGGUGCUAAUAUAAGUUUCUAGGCAUUAUACCGUCUUAUAAUUGUACAGUUAAUAAUGGCUGCUGGUUGGCAGAAAAACACAUGUUUUAUAUCACAUCAUCAUGUGUGAUAUUUUAUAUACGGAAUGUUCAUUUUGCAUUACACAGAGAAGUGAAUCCCCCAAAAUGUGACUGAUUUGUUAUUUGAGUGUCUUUGUCUUUCCAAAACAGUAGAGCUUGAAUAAUAUGUAAAGCACAGAUUGUAUUAAAUGUCUGCAGUUAAUGGGAAUUGACACGUUUCAUGGAUCUUAAUAGCUCUGCUUUGGCCACGUGGCGUUUAAGGGUGGACGAGGGCAGAUAACGGCCACAGCAUGCGCGUGCAUGUGCCUCCACACUCCUGUGUGUUAGUCAAGAUGAGGUCUGGUAGUAGUUACGCUGUCCCUUUGUUUGAGCAGACAGGGUGGGGUGCCUCCCACAAUUAGUCUAAAUCACAUACUCACACCAUGCAACCAAGUAUUUUUAUAUCAUCAGAGAGUCAGGACCUCAUAAAAGAGUAGCUUCAACAGCUUUCAGCACUCUAAGUCACUUAUUUACAACUUAAUUAACAGCUAAUUAAGUUCUUAACUGUUACUAAACAUAGUCAGACAAAUGAAACGUCGAUAUUUAAGCUGCUUCCAUUGUGGAUCAGUAAAUAGUUCAAAGUAUUGUAUGUAAAACAGGUCACUUGUCUGGCUUCCAGUUCUAACCAGCUACCAGCAAGACCAGUCACUAGGUGGCAGACUAGACCAUUCUGUGUGUACUAUAGGCCUCACAUUCACAGGUUCACUGUCAUUAAGAUAUGAGACACAACAUACCAGAAUAAAGGCUUUUAUUUUAGCAAUAGAUUUACAGCGAUUGUCAAUAUUUGUACAGUACAAAAAGCU